UCACACACUCUCUCACACACACUCACUCACACUCACUCACACUCUCUCACACACACACACACACACACACACACUCACACACACACACACUCACACACAAACACACACACAGCACGCUGGUGGACAACGAGGUGGUCAAGAGCAUCACUAAAGAGCUGGAUGAGGAGGAGGAGGAUGAAGGUGGAGCUCGGUUCGAGGUGAAGGCUCACCAGGCGUCUCACACUAACUACCUGCUGAUGAAGGGAUACUUCGUCCCAGGAAUCAUCAGCCUGAGGAACAUCACGUCUACUGAACACAUCGCCGUCAACGCCUGCAGCCUGCGCAUCCGCCUGCGCAGCACACACACACACUCCCUGUUCACACAGAGCGACAGCGCAGUGUUCUCCACUCCCUCUCUCCCCUCCUCCGUCUCUCGUAUGAUUGACCGGCGGCGUGUGUGUGGGCGGAGCUUCUUGGAGGAAUGCGUGUCCCUGUUGGGUUACAGCCGUGAGGACGUGGAGGCGGUGCAGGAGGUCAUGGUCGCUGUGGAAACGGGGGAGGAGUUUGGCAUCAACCUGCAGGACUUGUACAGGAAAUGCACACACCUGGAACAGGUGGAGAAGGGGCGGAGCAAAACGCUGCAGCAGUACAUCCAGGAUCUGUUAGACUGUGAGAAGGUGUUGGAGGUGGGCGCUCUCUCUCCACGCUUGGUCUGCAUGGACUUCGCUGUUCCGUGGCUGCUGCAGUGCCCCAAAGUGUCUGAAGAGCCAUGUCCCGUCCCACAAGAUGCCCCACCCACCACCACUGACAUCACUCCCGAAGCUCCGCCCUCCUCCUCAGAUGUCACCGCUGAAGCACUGCCUACUUCACACAAGCCACCACUAAAGAGACUGUUAGAUCAGACAGACGGUGAUGAUGAUGAUGUUGAUGUAGUCCCUCCUGUCAAGAGACCCACCAUGGAGACUGUUGCUAUGGAGACGGGGGAAUCCAGUGCAGAAGAGGGCAGGGUUAAAACUUCUCUUCCGGAUCCACCCUCUUCUGAUAAACAGGAAGUGGCGCACAGUGAUGAUGCGUCGGCUUUGCGCAAGUGUGACGGUUUAAUUAAGGAGGAAAACGUGACACAGACCCAAGGUGGAGAGAAUGCUGAGAUCUCAGAGGAGGAGGAUGUGUUGAGCUUUGUAGCUCGUCCGUGGCGUGUCGUGGAUGGGUCUCUGAACAGGCCUGUGUGUAAGGGGAUGUUAGAGGCACUGCUGUUACACAUCAUGACACACCCUGGUGUUCCUGAACCGGCACUGCUGCAGCAUUACAGCGGAGUUCUGCAGCCCAUGGUCAUCCUGGAUCUGCUAAAGGUUCUUGAAGAGUUGGGGUGUGUAAUAAAGCGUUUUACAGUUAAUCGCCCCAAAGCGUCUCUGUUUUCUCGCCCUGGCAUUCCCAAGGUCAAAGGUCACGGAGAGGUCAGUGUGAUGGAGGAUGUGGUGGCGUUUUACGAGCCCACGGUGGACUGCAGUUUAAGAAUCUCUAAGCUCUUCCCUCAUGAGUCUAGCUGGAACAGAUGGGUACAGCUGUGUGCACGCUGAACACACACACACACACACACACACACACACUCACACUCAUGUCCAAAAUUAGUGUUUUUAUUUAACUUAAUUGCGGCUAUAAUUAAAGCUAUUUGUGAUUUCUGUGCAAAAUGAAUAAAGAGAGUUUUAUUUGUU